UAACUUAACGUAAGUUUUGUUCAUCAGGUUUUACUUUUCUCAACCUUAAAUUUUAAAAUUUAACUAUAUAAACCUAAUUAUUAUUAUUAUUAUUUGCUGACCGGCUAAUAAACUUAAACCCAUUCGUCAAAAAAAAAGGUUGAAGAGAUUUGGAGGUGGUGGCGGAAGAGUGUCGCCUCCGAUGGGUUGGAUUCAGAAAGCAAAUGCCGAAUGGUUUCUACAUAACGAGUAUAAACGUGAUGGUGAUGUGUGGGAUUCGCAUGCCGGAUUGGAUCUUCAUUCCAAAAUGGUUGCCCUCAAAGUUUCUCCAUCUGUUGUCUGUCUCCUGUCUCACACGGGCAAGGAUAAGUUAUUUGCUUGCUCGGGGACUAUUGUAGAAUGUGGAGACAAAGAGAGUGAUGGUACAUUUGUUGGUAUCAUCCUAACUUCUGCCAGUCUUCUCAGAUGUCCCUCUGGCGCUGCUUCUCUCGCUCCUGAUAUCAAGGUUGAUGUUCUUUUACUAGAUGGGAAAUUAUUACAGGGUGAAGUCUUUGCAUAUGAUUUUCAUUACAACCUAUCUGUUAUAAAGAUCCGAUCUGAUGCCCCACUCCCAACACCAUCCCUUAGAAAUUUGGAUGAAUCCAAGCCUGUUACUCUGCACCCGGUGCUCGGUUCAACAUCUCCUCGUCCUUCAGAUUCAUUUAAAAUUCGUCCAGGGGACACGGUCAUGGCCUUGGGGCGCCAUUACCAUUCACACAGUCUUGUGGUUGCAUCUGGCUCUUUCACUAUUGGCCUGUGUAAAUUUGAUUGUAAAGAGCUUUUGAAGGCAACUUGCAAGAUGGUUACUCGAUAUUACAUUGGGGGUCCUCUUAUCAAUCGUGAUGGAGAAGUUAUUGGGAUCAAUUUCUAUCAUGAGAGGUAUACACCCUUCCUACCAAUCAAUAUAGCUUAUAGAUGCUUGGAGCACUUAAAGAUUCAAAGGUAUGUUCCAAAUCUAUUUUAUUGCAAAAAUUAUUUGCUUUUCUGCGAUGCUUCAACUUUGUAUGCAGAUCAUGGAAGUUUAGGUCACUUCUGAUACUAGUUAUGAGUACACAUGUUGCAUGUGAUUGAUCACAUUGUACGUGAGCUUUGUUUGUGUGUGUGUGUGUGUGUAUAUAUAUAUAUAUAUAGUGCAUUUUAAAGUCUUACUGUGAUGUCUAAAACUUUAAGCAUAAUAUUUGAAUUUGCUAGUUGAGAAACUGAGUUAGGAAAAUUAUUUCCAUCCUUCAUUGAGAUUCAAUGGAAAAUGCACUCUCCCUACAGUUUGAAAAACACCCACUGUUCCCCUGAAAAUGUAGC